AUGCAUCCCGUUCAUCAUCCGCCUGUCCCGAGUGUAAUCCCCAUUCAUGAGGAAUUGAGAGAAGGCUGCAAGAUUGAUGUGCACGGCAAAGUACUUCAUGGACAUCAUAAGAACUUCUCAGUGGAGCUUCUAUCUGGACCACACAUUGUUCUUCAUAUAAACUUUCGCUUUCAUCAUGAACAUACCGUCGUGAUGAACUCAUUCAGUCAUGGAUCGUGGGGACCUGAGGUGCGUCAUCAUAAUCCGCUCCAUCACGACAAACACUUUCACCUACACAUCCACGUUCAUCACAGUCAUUAUGAUAUUGAUUGCAAUGGCCAUCGUUUGGCGUCGUUCCAUCAUCGGUUCCCAGCUGCGACAGUUCAAGCUCUCGGUCUGAAAGGAGAGGUUCACGUCGAAAAAGUCAACUUUGAAGGAUUCCAUUUUCACAGAGACUGGAAUGCUCCCAUGAAUUACGGUCACCAAGGAUUCAUUGGAUACGGUACAACAACAUAUGCUGGUCCACAGGUACAAAUCACACCUGGAUACAAUGCAUACCAGUAA